UCACAGAUAAAGCAUAAUUUUCAUUCAAAUCCGGUGGUGUGGACAAAUACAAUAUCGAGCAGAAACAAGUUGAACAAAAAUAUUAAACGAAAUAACUGGUUGCUAUGGCCAUUCGUUUUAACGGAACGAAUUGAUUUUCACAGCAACUUUGUGCUGGGAAAUGCGCAGGUUCCGUCGCUCUACCCGAUUGUUUAUUGCUCUGACGGGUUCUGCGAGCUGACAGGAUUCGCGCGAGCGCAAAUCAUGCAAAAGGGUUGCGCUUGCAAGUUCCUCUACGGCCCGGAAACGAAAGAAGAGGAAAGGGCGAUGAUCGAGAAGAGCCUCGAGAGCAAAACAGAGCUGAAGACGGAAGUGGUCCUUUACAAAAAGAACGGAAGUUCGUUCAACUGUUUGCUCGAUAUCGUGCCGAUCAAAAACGAAAAGAGCGACGUCGUACUCUUCCUGGCAUCGCACAAGGAUAUCACCCACACGAAGAACCUUCAGCUGUGUGAGUUGCUCGAUAGUGAUGCAAACGGCAGUCUCGAUCCGGAAGCACCGCCAGCUAAUUACGGGAGAAGAAGAAGCCGUGCCGUCCUUUAUCAAUUGUCGGGCCAUUACAAACAGGACAAUAAGCACAAAAUUAAACUGAACAACUUUAUCUUGAGCCACUACGGCGGCUUCAAGUCUUGCUGGGACUGGCUGAUACUACUCGCAACGUUCUACGUGGCGAUCGUCGUCCCUUUCAACGCGAGUUUCAUCAACAUCGACAGGCCUACGAUGGUCAGCGACGUUGUCGUCGAAGCGCUCUUUAUAACCGAUAUCGUUCUAAACUUUCGAACGACGUACGUAAGCAGAAAAGGCGAGGUGGUUAGCAACAGCAAGAGCAUAGCCGUAAACUAUCUAAAGGGCUGGUUUUUCGUCGACCUCGUCGCUGCUUUGCCCUUUGAUUUUCUUUAUGCUUCUGACGUUUACAGCGGUGAGGAAUCGGGACAUGGUAACAUUCAUUUAGUAAAAUUAACGAGAUUGCUAAGGCUCGCGCGAUUACUUCAAAAGAUGGAUAGAUAUUCGCAGUACAGCGCGGUUAUUCUGACGAUGUUGAUGCUGUUUUUCAUCCUGGUGGCACACUGGCUGGCUUGUGUAUGGUUCGUUAUCGCGGAGAAAGAACGAUUGAGAAACGAUAACGAUUGGGACCUCGGCUGGAUACACACGCUGGCAGAAAGGUUGAAAAUUUCCGUGGAGAACGUAACGCACGCGGAAAGUUACAUCACGGCGUUGUACUUUACUUGCAGUAGCUUAACGUCAGUAGGAUUUGGAAACGUGUCGGCCAACACAUUCUCCGAGAAGUUCUUCUCCAUUUGCACGAUGCUUAUUGGUGCUCUGAUGCAUGCCGUGGUGUUUGGUAACGUGACAGCGAUUAUUCAAAGAAUUUACUCUAGAAGAUCGCUAUACCAAACAAAACUGCGGGAUCUCAAGGAUUUUUUCGUAUUGCAUCAGAUCCCCGAAGAACUGAAACAGCGAAUGCAAGACUAUUUUCAAACUAUGUGGUCGUUGAAUCACGGUAUCGACAUAUACGAGACGCUGAAGCAAUUUCCCGAGGAACUGCGGGGAGACGUUUCCAUGCACUUGCAUCGCGAAAUACUAAAUUUACCGAUAUUCGAAGCCGCUUCCCAGGGCUGUCUGAAACUGCUCUCUCUUCGCAUUAAAAAUAAUUUCUGCGCCCCCGGCGAGUUUCUGAUUCACAAAGGGGACGCGCUUUCCUACAUAUAUUACUUGUGCAACGGCUCGAUGGAAGUUGUGCAGAACAACAUGGUCGUCGCGAUCUUAGGGAAAGGCGAUCUGGUAGGCUGUGACAUAAACGUUCACCUGCAACACGGCAGUAACGGGGGUGGAACAGGUGGCGGUGGGGCCAGCGACGUCGUAGUGAAAUCCAGUUGCGACGUUAAAGCGUUGACUUAUUGCGACUUAAAGUGUAUAAAUAUGCAUGGAUUAGUCGAGGUGCUUCGGCUGUAUCCCGAGUAUCAACAUGAAUUUGCAAACGAUAUACAGCACGAUCUCACUUACAAUUUACGAGAGGGAUACGAAGCCGAGCAAGAGUCAGACAUGAACGGACCAUCGUUAACAUUGCCAUCGAUCAGCGAGGACGACGAAAAUGUGCCUGACGAAGGGGAGACUUCGCCUCUAUCACCACCAAACAAAUCGCCUUCGCAUAUGUCGAGCCCCAGGCAUGCUAAGUUUAGGUAUGUUUGUCACACCAAACAUAUCUUUUUGCUACCGAAGAUAAAUCCUCAAAUAUUCCACGUCGCAUGCGACAGAGACGAAUACAGAGAGGCUAGAAGACCCGGAAGAGGAGUUCUGGUUAGAGGAAGAACAGCUCAAGUAAUCGCUCAAGAAUCGAUGGAGGAACAUAUCCGAGGAUCAGUGGAGAAACUCGACACACAAUUUUCUACGUUACAUCAAGACGUUGCCACGCUGAGCUGUGAGGUCAGGAAUGCCAUUCAAGCUCUCCAAAUACUAGCGUGCUCGCCUCAAAGUAAUCCAAAUUUACCGACACCCGCGAAUCGUGGUAGCGGCGUUUUGGCAAGAAGUUCGUCUCAUCCGCCAGAUGCUAUAUGCUGGGAUCCGCCCAAAAGAAUGUCAGAUGCAUCCACGCAAACCGACUGGCCUGUCGAUCUCUUUGAAACUUGGAUUCGAGCGAAUCCUCAAAGAGUUCUCAGGAUUCUUGAACUCGAUGCUGAUACUCUUUUGAGGCAACCACCUUCUCCGACACCGUCUCCGUCUUCUCCCCCGCCGCCACCUUACGAGCCACUCUCACCUGUUGUUGGGACACCGCCGCAAUCACCGUCUCUCGCCCAAGGGAACGAUAAUUUCGUUUUCGGCAAUAAUCAUGGAGACGGACACAUUCCUCGUUUGUAUAAACCGACGAACUCCACAUGGGAUUCCGAGAAUAAGUUAUCGCACAGAUUUAGUGCCGGCGACGCCGACAAUGCAUCUUUAUAUCAAGCAUUUAGCACUAUGCGCCGACUUCCUGAAUCUCGAUCGCUGAAAUUCGAUCCCUUUGGUAGCUGAACGUUUUCCAGAAACAUAUCAGGAUUAGAAGCCUUAGAAGACGAAGACAACCGGGAAGACGAAAUGUUUGUACACGAGACGAAAGCAAAAGACAAAUUUCAUGAUUAAAAAUGGAGCAACGAGAAGAAAGAACAACUCACUUUUUCAAGUGUUCAGACACGUUUAUUUAUCUCUUAAUCGCCUAAUAUUUCAACUUCUGUCAAACCUAGAAUCAGUUUGUUCAUUUUCUUUUACGAAUUGGAAUACUUGAAUUCAGUCGACAGUUAGGAAACAAACGGUCUUCACCUGAAUAAUAAAUUACUAGGAACAAUGAUAUGAAAAUUUUUUUACAGCGCGAAAGGAACAAAAAUGAGAAACUUACCGUCGAAAAUGAGCGUUGAUAAAACUAUUAUAUAAAUCAAUCGCAAAAGUCUAUAUAUAUAUAUUAAAUUUUAAAUAUUUAAAAUAG